CCCAAUCGCUCCUUCCCCAUCCAGAAGUCAACCACAUCGACGUCGUGAUGAAUUCCUCGGAUUUUUUUACAUUUCGCGAUUCAUGUUGGAGAUUGCGUCUCUAUUGACUUCUUCCACUUGACCUAGACAACAUUUCUCUUUCCUUCCUAUCAUACCUUGGGAACACCUCCAGCAGUAGAACCACUGUCGCAUCCCACUUCAAUUACCCCAGCGUCUUCACAUCCCCCGCCGCAACCAUGUCACAAAGAGCUCAACAGGUCUUGUCGCACUUGAACUACCCCAAGGGUCUCCUUGCGGGACAAGUUGCAAUUAUCACCGGCUCCGGUCAAGGUAUCGGCGCCGAAGCUGCCCGACUCUUUGCCAACGAAGGUGCCAAAGUGGUGGUGACUGACGUCGACUCCGCCAAAGCCGACAGCGUUGCCAAGUCGAUCAACGACGCCUCUCCUGGACGAGCUAUUGCUGUCGCUGGCGAUGUCACCGACCCCAACUUCUUCCCCGUCCUGGUCCAAAAGACGGCCGAGUUUGGAAAUGGAAAGAUUCAUAUCAUUGUCAACAAUGCCGGUUAUACAUGGGAUGGUGUCAUUCAUAAAAUCACCGACAAGCAAUGGGAUACCAUUCUCUCUGUCCACAAUACCGCUCCCUUCCGGUUGAUCAGACAAGCUGCCCCAUACUUCCGUGUCAAGGAUGGUGAACCACGCUGCAUCAUCAACAUUUCCUCCACAUCCGGCACCCACGGUAAUGCUGGUCAGGCCAACUACAGCUUGGCCAAGGCUGGUGUUACUGGAUUGACCAAGACCAUUGCAAAGGAAUGGGGUCCACAGUUUGGUGUCCGAGCCAACACUAUUGCAUUCGGUCAUAUCGACACUCGUCUGACGAGAGCUAAGGAAUCUGGUGCAUUCAUCACCACUCCUGAUGGUCAACGUGUCGCUUUGGGUAUCCCAGGUGCUCAGAUAGCCGAUCGCAAGGGAGGUGACGCUACUCCCUACAAAGAUAUUCCUCUUGGACGACCAGGCUCUGCCACCGAGGCUGCUUCAUCCGUUCUCGCCGUUGUCAGCCCCUUGUUCGCCUAUGUCAAUGGACAGACCAUUGAGGUCACCGGUGGCCGAAACAUUUAGAUAAAUUUGUCAUCUUUGGGGAGCAUGAUGCGUGUAUAUACAACCAUGGCUCAAGUUGAUUAAUAUAUCCUUGAAACUCUA